UCCAACGUGUUGUCUAGCGUUUCCACACGACGUUAUUUUGCAGACGGACACAUUUCCGCAGUGAGAGCAGUUUGAGCGGCUAAGCUUUCAUUCUGUUUCUCUCGCUCUUGCUUCUUUAAAUGAACAGAAUGUCGGAUUCCCGGGACAUGAAGCUGGACUUCUCCCUGAAGGAGCUGACUCUGUCCUCUCAGGAUGAAGGUCUGCCCGGCUCCUCUUCCUCGGUGGAUCUGCUGGACAACAGACUGGUGUGUGUGGAGUAUCCGGCCGUGUUCACCAAUGUGGACAAGAUGCUGGAGACUCUGGGAGGUGAACAGACUGUGUCUAAAAUGGUUCCAGAGUGUCAGACCCCUCACUACGUUCAACAACCCAACAGACGUCUGAGCUGCGUUACAGACCCGAAGGACCCUUUCUGUCACUCUCUGUGUGGAAACCGCUUCCCAUCGAGCAACCUGCUCCUCAGAGUGCGGAGGCGGGUGCGAAAAAAGGACCCAAAGGAUGCAGAGAUCCAAAUGGAUAUGCUCGGAGUCAUCGGGACAACGUACAAAUUCCAGGGGUUUGCAGACUUCCAGUGCCUCGCCGUGCAUUCAGAAGAUGGAAAAAACACGUCUUUGUAUGAAAAAAUCAUCCUCCGCAAGUCAGAGAACCAAGAGUUCUUUGAGAAGCCCAUGCCCUACUUCCUUCCACCCAUCUUCUCACGUCUGGACACUCCUGUGGAUUAUUACUACCGGCCGGAUAUCUUUCAGAAGUGAGUCCAGAUGCCCUUGAAAGAGUCGAAAUUUAUUGGUUUGAAUCGCAAUCGUCGGCCCCACAAUGCAAUUUUUGUGAGUUACGCUGAUCCCACUGUACCCACGGAGAGUCUGGAGGGAGCCAGGACCAACUGGGCGCGAGUCUGCGUGAAGGACAGCGACAAACUGGCAGAACAACAAAUGAUUCAAAUGUUUGAGAGCCGGCCCAUCUGGUCCCGGAACGCAGUCAAGGCCAACAUCAACGUCCAUCCUGAGAAAAUGAAACUGCUGCUGCCCGUCUGCGCCUACUACAUGGUGACGGGGCCCUGGAGAAGUCUGUGGGUGAGGUUGGGCUACGAUCCCAGGAAGUGCAGGGAGGCCAAGAAAUACCAACUACUGGACUUCAGGAUCCGCUGUAGUGACAAGCACGGGUAUUCAUCAUCUGACAUGCCAGUUAAAGCCAAGAGGAGUGCCCUCAACUACAGCCUGCCUAUAACGUUCAACAAAGCAGGUCCUCAGGUAGCAAGUGUGAUGGAAAUCCCAGCUCAUGAGGGUCCAAGCACGAGUCGGGAUCCUGCACGGAUCACUUACCAGAUGAAGGAGUCUUCUUAUGUUUUCAGAGAGGGCAUGCUGCCUCCUCACAGACAGAUGUUUUACCAGCUCUGUGAUCUGGAGGUGGAAAGUCUCAAACAGGUGAUCGAGCAGAAAGGUAAAGAGGAGGUGUGUGACGAGCGGGACGGCUGGUGUGUCGUUGGCACCACCGACAAGCUGAGGGACUUGAUCUCCGCCAUGAUCAAGAAGAUCAUCCGAGCCAAGAAACCCUCGGUGCCUGAAUACCCCAAGAAACGCAGACGAGUGGGCCUCAACAGGAAACCUGACAUGGAUUCAGAAGAAAAAGAGAUGCAGGACGAAGAGAACAAGGAUGAUGAAGAUGAAGAUGAUGACGAUGAUUUCCAGCCGUCUGAGGGCGAGAAUGAAAUGGAAACAGAAAUGCUGGACUACAUCUAACAUGAAGCCUCAAUAUUGGUACCAUGAAUCAUGACGUCAUAUUUGUAUUUUUGUCAUAGGUGAUAUGUUGAAUAAUUUAAAGUAAAAUGUUAAUAAAAUGGAAGAAUUUCUAGA